GCAGCUCUGCAGUGUAUAGUUGUCUGCGUGCGACUCUGCAACGCAAGUCGUAGCGAACUGGCGUUAUAAGCCAUCUGUGUUCUCGUCUCGCUAGCUCGGUCGUCGCGCAGUUCGUAUAGCUUUUAUCCUGCUGUGGUGCGCCGUGCAGUGUAGUAUUAUAGUGGGCAGCAGAGCCUCCUGCGUUGGCAUAUCGCGAAACUCUCGCUUUGCUCUGCUCUGCUCUGCUCGAUCGUCAACAAAGGCCAAUCGUUGAACUUUAUAGUGUCAGCUGCUGCUCUUGCAGUCUCUGAUCGUUUGUGCUGCGGUUUAAGCGACGCUCUCUAGUGCGUUAUACAUAUUUAUUCAUCGCUUCCUGCUCUCUAGAGCUGCUACUGCUGCUACUUGGAUAAAACGGAGUGUGAUUUUUCGUUGCUGCUUAUUACUACCGUUGCAGCGUGGGGCAAGGAUUUCACCACUGGCGCAGCAGCAGCGAUUAUCAUCGUCGAGCGUAUUAUGCUGCGGGCUCCAAAGAGCUGAACCGAAACUCCGCUCUGCUCUCGCGUCUCACCGAAUAUAUAAACUACGAUUAUAAAAGAAGAAAGCCAACGAUGCCCGCCAAAAUAACGGAAAUCAAGUGCAAACGCUGUCGGAAUCUGCUGUUCACCGAGGAGGCCUCGCCGUCGCUCACGUCUCACGGACAGGUCGUGGCGCAGGGCUCGCGCAACACCAAGUGCAACAGCGACGUGCCCGAGGACUGCAUCUACCUGGCCGAGGACAACAUGCCCGAUUGGAUACACGAGGUCGUCGACAGGGAAAAUUGGAUAAAAGGUAAACUAUAUUGUCCACUUUGUCACUCCAGAAUUGGCUCGUUUGACUUUGUGAGCUCGAAAAAAUGCAACUGUGGAGAAUUUGUUCCACCACCCAUCAGAAUAACAUAUUCAAAAGUUGACGCACCCCAUCGGUGAUGCUGAAAAUGGAUUACAAAUAGUUAUUAAGUUUAAAAUCAUUAGUAAUAAUGUAUAUGGAUCAAACUGUAUAGAUUUAUCAAAGUGAAAGGAAACUUAGUCUACUAGAAAAUUAUAUUGUUAUUGGAAUAGCCUAAGUUGCCUUUCACAAAUUCAAUUUUCACUUAAGCUACUAAAUAAUGUAAUUCGUAAAAGUUUAUUUCAAUGUAUAGACUCUUGCAAUAUACAAUUCAUUUUUGAUUUCCUUUUUUUUUUCGCUUCAACAAAUGUAAAUAAUGGUUGAUCAUCUCAUCUUUCUAGUUACUGAUACUUUAGCUUUAAUAAAUGAAUGUUAAAAAAUUCAUUUUUAAAACAUGAUCAACAAAAUGGUACAAAUUGAAAUUAAGAGCUUCCUAUAUAAGGUUUUCUCUGUAUAUGUCACUUUAUAUUGUUAUAUAUUAUUACAAAUGAAUAUAAUUUGAAAAAAAAAUUAAAGUUCUAAAUUUUACUGCAUAUUUAUAUUAUGUUGUAACUCAAAAGGCUAUUCAUAGUUUUACUAUUUAAAACAAAAUAUAAAAAUUGUUACAAAAAUAUUAAUUAUUUAAGUAAUAGUUUAUGAGACAUUCACAAAAUUUAAAUGUAAAUUUGCUCGUUAUACUUGAAAUAAUUGAUUGUUUAAUUGGCUAAUUUGUUAAUAAAUGAGUGACUUAUAUCAUUUGUUAGAGUAUUAAAGAAAUACUAUUUGCUGUCAAAAGUUGUAGAUAUUAUAGAAGCAUUCGAUACUCUGGAUUUUUCAAAAUAAAAGUAGAUUGAAUUUGUAAAAGUGAAAAUAGCUGAAUAUUUAAAUAAAAAAUAAUGAU